AAAAACUUCUGUUUUUCCCAAUUCUCGACCAAUGUCCCCUCAUCCGCCUCCUCCUCCUUCAAGCACGCCAUUAUCACCAUUGGUUGCAGCAGCUCCGGCUUCCUCCAUCACUACACUCCCAUCAUCGGACGAUCGAUUCAGUGCAUCUCUGUCGACCCUCAAGAGCAGUGGAUUCAAGGGGUACCCGUGACAUGAAAUUGCUGGCGUUGUCAUGCGAGCCGCGAGGAACGGCAUCGGCCUCUUCGUUUGCAAGGCCACCAGAACAACAGACUCGAAGACAAUAAAAACUUACUUCUAUGUUGUCUGCAAAAAUUAGCCUGGCAAGAUCUUUGAUUGAGGCGAAGUCUGCUUCUAAAGGGAAAGAUGGAGUCUCUCUCUAAGCUCAGUGGCAUCUCCUUGGUGCUCCUGUUCUUGCUCUCCUGCUCCACUUUCGCAUCCAGAGAAGACUCCGAUACGCCCAAUCCCAACGGAAAUGUCACUAUCAAGUGGGAUGUGUUGACGUGGACUCCCGAUGGCUAUGUGGCUGUUGCGACUAUAUUCAACUUCCAGCGAUACCGACAAAUACAAGCCCCCGGGUGGACCCUAGGCUGGACCUGGGCGAAGAAGGAGGUGAUAUGGAAUAUGAUGGGAGGCCAAACCACGGAACAAGGUGACUGCUCAAGGUUCAAAGGCAACAUCCCGCACAGCUGCAAGAAGGACCCCACUGUUGUGGACUUGCUCCCCGGAACCCCUUACAAUCAACAGAUUGCCAACUGCUGCAAAGGCGGUGUCCUUAGUUCCUGGUUCAAAGAUCCGGCGAAUGCCUUAAGCGCGUUCCAGGUCAUGGUGGGAGAUGCAGGAACGACCAACAAGACCGUGAGGCUGCCCAGGAACUUCACCUUCAAGGCACCCGGACAUGGAUACAUUUGCGGGCCUGCAAAGAUCGUGAAGCCCACGAAGUUUAUCACCCCUGACAAGAGGAGAGUGACCCAGGCUUUAAUGACUUGGAAGGUUACAUGCACAUACUCACGGUUCUUGGCUCAGAAGACACCGAGUUAAAGUGUAGAUAUGUGAAGAGUCGGACUACGAGUAGCUGGGAAAUUAAACUUCUAAGCAUAUGCCAAGUCUCUGAUGAUUGUUUUCGACUAUUAUAUAGCGAUUGUAUUUAUCAGUUUGGUGUAAUCUAGCUACUUGGUACUUUUUGAUGUUAUUAGUAAAAAGACUACGUGCGUUGCACUCAGUGCGCGUUUCGAUGUU